ACGCCAUCAAACCGCGCCGGGCGACCCCCCCUCCCCCGGAUGUGGCGCCAGAGCCGCUUCCGGGUCGCAGCCGGCGUGAUGGCGGCUGACACGCAGGUUUCCGAAACACUGAAGAGAUUUGCGGUGAAAGUGACCACGUCCAGUGUGAAGGAACGGAGAGAGAUCCUCAGUGAACUUGGCAGAUGCAUCACCGGAAAAGACCUGCCAGAAGGUGCAGUGAAAGGCCUUUGUAAAUUAUUCUGCCUCACUCUACAUCGAUACAGAGAUGCGGCCUCCCGAAGAGCCCUCCAGGGGACCCUCCAGCAGCUCAUGGAAUGCCACCCAGAAGCAACGGCCAAGAACCUCCUGCAGGCCUUGCAGUCUUCCGGGAUCGGCUGCAAGUCCGGAGGCCCCAGUAAAAGGAGUGGCUCUGCAGCCGUGCUGGCCCUGUCCUGGACUUGCUUGCUCGUUCGCACCGUCUUCCCCACACGGGACAGAAGACAAGGAGAAACGUGGGAGAAGCUGGUGGAAGUUCAGUGUUUCCUUCUGCUGGACGUUUUGGGUGGCUCGCGCAAACCUGUGAUGGACGGGGCUGUGAAGAAGCUGAACCGACUGUGGAAAGAGAACCCUGGGUUGGUGGACCAGUACCUCUCUGUCAUCCUAGGGCUGGAGGCCCACCAAGGCUAUGCGGGCAUGCUCGGCCUCCUCGUGCAGUUCUGUACCAGUCAGAAAGAAUUGGGCAUCAUUAACGCACACAAGAGUUCUCUCCUUGAUUUCUAUAUGAAAACCAUUCUAAUGAGCAAGACGAAACCUCAGAAGCACUUGCUGGACAACUGUGCUCCUUUGCUCCGCUAUGUCUCUCACUCCGAAUUCAAAGAUCUUCUUUUGCCAGCUCUGCAGAAGUCUCUGCUCCGAAGCCCUGAGAACGCCAUCGAAACAAUUUCCUGUUUGUUGGCCUCCGUGACCCUCGACCUCAGCCAGUACGCCCUGGACAUCGUGAAAGGACUGGCCAGCCAGUUGAAAUCUAACAGUUCUCAGCUGAUGGACGAAGCCAUCGUUGCGUUGAAGAAUUUGGCUCGGCAGUGCAGUGACCCCUCCACGGUGGAGUCCCUCGGGAGGCACCUGUUUGCCAUUUUGGGUGGUGCUGAGGGCAAGCUGACCGUUGUGGCGCAGAAAGUCAGUGUCCUCUCAGGGAUUGGCAGUUGCAGCCAUCAUGCCGUUUCUGGGUCAUCCAAUCAAGUUGUCAGUGGAACCAUGACGGAACUUUUCAUCCCUUUUCUUCAGCAGGAAGUCCAUGAAGGCACUCUUGUGCAUGCCAUAUCGGUCCUUGCUCUCUGGUGUCACCGCUUUACCACUGAAGUUCCCAAGAAGUUGGUCGAGUGGUUCAAGAAGGCGUUUGGCCUUAAAACCAGCACUUCGGCAGUCAGGCACGCAUACCUCCAGUGCAUGCUGGCGUCUUUCAAAGGCAAUCUACUGAUGCAGGGGGUUGAAUUGCUGCCAGUCCUGAUCCAGACGGUGGAAAAAGCGUCAGCUCAAAGCACUCAGGUCCCCCUGGUCACGGAAGGAGCUGCAGCGGCUUUGCUCCUGUGCCGGCUGUCGGUGGCCGAUGCCCAAAUGGAGAACAAACUGAACGGCUUCUGGCAGCUCAUUCUGGAUGAGAAAAAGCAGAUUUUUACUUCUGAGAAGUUUCUGCAAACUGCUUCAGAGGAGGCGAUGUGCACCGUUUUACAGCUGACCGAGCGCCUUCUCUUGGAUCACGAACAUCGGCUGCCUGGUGCUAAAGUCCAGCAGUAUCACAAAGCACUCACUGCGGUCCUCCUCAGCCGGCCCUGGGGAGUCCGCCGGCUUGCCCAGCAGACGGUGAGAAAGCUCUUGUCUCCGCCUCGAGGGUUCGAACUGGCUUACGGGCUCUUGGAAGAAAUGAAAACGGUUCUGGGUUCUCAUAAGGUGCUUCCCGCCGAAGCCUUGGUCACCGAGUCAGGAGAACUGUCGGAGCAGGGGAAGACGUACGUCCCUCCCCGCAUCCUUCAGGAAGCCCUAUGUGUGAUCUCUUGCGUGUCGGGUCUGGAAGAAGAUCUGGAUGAGAAAGAAAAGCUGGCCUUGGAAAUGCUGCUUGUAAGCAGCCACCCUUCUCUCGUGGCCGUGCAGCCAGGCCUUUGGCCCGCUCUCCUCCUCAAGAUGAAGCUGGAGUACGAGGGCUUCAUCACCAAGUAUCUGGAAAGGAUAUUUGAUCGGAUCUUCGCCCAAAGACCUGUGACGAAGUCCUCCCUGAAUGCAGUGGGUAUGCUUUCUGUCCUCUCCCCCAGCCGAGUCCUUCCCCAGGUAAUCAGCACCAUUUUGGGCUCUCUGGAAAACCCGGCUCUGUGUCUUGUGACCCAAGAGGAGUUUGCUAUCAUGAAGACGCCCGAAGGGGAGCUCUAUGACAAAUCUAUCUUGCAGAGUGCUCAGCAGGAUAACAUGAAAAAGGCCAACAUGAAGAGGGAAAACAAGGCUUAUUCUUUCAAAGAGCAGAUUAUCGAGCUGGAGCUGAAGGAGGAGAUUAAGAAGAAGAAGGGAAUCAAGGAGGAAAUCCAGCUGACCAGCAAACAGAAGGAGAUGGUAAAUGCCCAGCUGGAAAAAGAAUCUCAGACCAGGAAGCAACUGAAAGAGCUGGACGAUGAACUGGAAUCCAUGCUGAGUCUGCUGGAAGCUAUUUUGAAGAAGAGUCCCUGCGGUUUCUCCCGGUAUAUUCCUGCUCUCGUGGGGUCCUUCCUGCCUCUGCUGAAGUCUCCCCUGGCGGCCCCAAGGAUUAAGAACCCUUUCCUCUCGCUGGCAUCUUGCGUGAUGCCUCCUCGCCUGAAGACUUUUGGUACUGUGGCCAGUCAUGUGACUCUGCGGAUGAUGAAACCCGAAUGUGAUUUGGACGAAUCCUGGUGCCAAGAGGACCUGCCUACAGCCGUGAGCAGAGUCGUGAGCCUGUUGCACACGUACACCGUGCCUGGCCGGAUGAGCAAAGGAGAGGCCGGGCCGGUGCCGUUAUCAGCCCCAGCGUUCUCCUUGGUCUUUCCUCUCUUGAAAAUGGUGCUCCUUGAGAUUCCCAACGACAGUGAGGAGAAGGAGGAGCUCAUGGUCAAAGUCCUUCAGAUCAUCACAGUCCAUUCCCAGUUGAGAUCAUUUUCCAGUUGCCACAAUAUGCUGGUGGAUGAGACUGGCCCUGAGCUACUACCUCGCACAGCCAUGUUACAGCUCUUGACGAAAGUGAUUGGAACGGGCUCCUCUCCACACUUACAGGUUCUGGCUUCCAAUGCCCUGACGGCCUUGUGCGCCAGCAGCAGCGGGGAAGACGGCUGCGCCUACGCGGAGCAGGAAGAGAUUGACGUCUUACUCCAGGCCCUUCAGUCUCCGUGCAUGAACGUCCGAGAUGCAGCUCUUCGGGGCUUGAUGGAAAUGCAGAUGGUGCUGCCCACUCCAGAUAGCGAUGAGAAGAACGGACUGAACCUUUUACGCCGUCUCUGGGUGGUAAAGUUUGACAAGGAGGAAGAAAUCCGGAUGUUGGCAGAGAGGUUGUGGGAGUCGAUGGGCUUGGAGUUGCAGCCUGAUAUCUGUUCGGUCCUUAUCAAAGACGUCAUCCACUACGAGGAAGCUGUGCGCCAGGCUGGGGCAGAAGCGCUUUCCAAGGGUGUCGAACAGUAUCGAAGCCAAACAAGGGAUGUCAUGGCGAAGCUCAUGGAGAUUUAUCAGGAGAAACUUUAUAGGCCGCCUCCAGUUUUGGAUGCUCUGGGACGCGUGAUAUCAGAAUCUCCACCAGACCAGUGGGAAGCCAGGUGCGGCAUCGCCCUGGCCCUGAACAAGCUCUCUCAGCAUCUCGAUGGUUCGCAGGUGAAGCCCCUCUUCCAGUUCUUCGUACCAGAUGCCCUUAACGAUCGCCAUCCGGAGGUCCGAAAGUGUAUGCUGGAUGCGGCGCUCUCGGCGCUCAAUACCCACGGCAAGGACAGCGUCAACUCCCUGCUACCGGUCUUUGAGGAGUUCCUCAAGAACGCGCCCAACGACGCCAGCUACGACGCCGUCCGGCAGAGCGUGGUCAUCCUGAUGGGCUCCUUGGCCAAGCAUUUGGACAAGAGCGACCCCAAAGUGAAGCCCAUCGUUGCCAAACUGAUAGCGGCGCUCUCCACUCCCUCCCAGCAGGUCCAGGAGUCUGUGGCCAGCUGCUUACCGCCGUUGGUGCCUGCGAUCAAAGAGGAUGCCGGGGGCAUGAUCCAGAAGCUGCUACAGUUGCUGCUGGAGUCUGAUAAGUACGCCGAGAGGAAAGGAGCUGCUUAUGGUCUGGCUGGCCUCGUGAAAGGCUUGGGCAUCCUCUCCCUCAAGCAGCAGGAAAUGAUGUCUAAGUUGACGGACGCCAUCCAAGACAAACGGAACUUUCGAAGGCGAGAAGGGGCCUUAUUCGCUUUUGAGAUGCUCUGCACCAUGCUUGGGAAGCUUUUUGAGCCCUACGUAGUUCACGUUUUACCUCACUUGCUGCUCUGUUUCGGAGACGGGAAUCAGUACGUCCGAGAGGCGGCAGACGAUUGUGCCAAGGCCGUGAUGAGUCACCUCAGCGCCCAUGGGGUGAAGCUGGUGCUGCCCUCCUUGCUGGCGGCCCUCGAGGAGGAGUCGUGGAGAACCAAAGCUGGGUCGGUGGAGCUCCUCGGGGCCAUGGCGUACUGCGCUCCCAAGCAGCUCUCUUCCUGCCUGCCCAACAUCGUGCCGAAGCUCACCGAAGUGCUGACGGACUCCCACGUGAAGGUCCAGAAGGCGGGCCAGCAGGCGCUCCGGCAAAUCGGAUCAGUGAUCAGGAACCCUGAGAUCCUGGCAAUUGCGCCCGUUUUCUUGGAUGCUUUGACGGACCCCUCCCGGAAAACCCAGAAGUGCUUGCAGACGUUACUGGACACCAAAUUUGUCCAUUUCAUUGAUGCGCCUUCCCUCGCCCUCAUCAUGCCCAUUGUUCAGCGCGCCUUCCAAGAUCGCUCCACAGACACGAGGAAGAUGGCUGCCCAGAUCAUCGGGAAUAUGUAUUCUCUGACGGAUCAGAAGGAUCUGGCUCCUUACUUGCCCAGUGUGAUCCCUGGACUGAAGACCUCCCUGCUGGACCCUGUGCCAGAGGUGCGCACGGUCUCCGCAAAAGCCCUAGGAGCCAUGGUGAAGGGGAUGGGCGAAUCCUGCUUCGAAGACCUGCUGCCUUGGCUGAUCGAGACCCUGACGUCCGAGCAGAGUUCGGUGGAUCGAUCCGGUGCCGCGCAAGGUCUGGCGGAAGUCAUGGCUGGUUUGGGAGUAGAAAAGCUGGAAAAACUUAUGCCAGAAAUUGUCGCCACGGCAAGCAAAGUGGAGAUUGCCCCACAUGUUCGGGAUGGUUAUAUCAUGAUGUUCAUCUACUUGCCCAUUACCUUUGGGGACAAAUUUACACCUUAUGUCGGGCCCAUCAUACCUUGCAUCCUGAAGGCGCUGGCCGAUGAGAACGAGUUUGUGCGAGACACAGCCCUGCGUGCCGGACAGAGAAUUAUCAGCAUGUACGCGGAAACGGCCAUCGCGCUCCUCUUGCCGCAGCUGGAGCAGGGUCUCUUCGACGACCUCUGGCGCAUCAGGUAUAGUUCUGUUCAGCUGCUUGGAGAUCUCCUCUUCCAUAUUUCGGGCGUCACAGGGAAAAUGACCACAGAGACGGCUUCUGAAGACGACAACUUUGGGACAGCCCAGUCCAACAAAGCCAUCAUUGGGGCACUCGGAGUGGAGCGGAGGAACAGAGUGUUGGCCGGGCUGUACAUGGGCCGCUCCGAUACCCAGCUGGCCGUCCGCCAGGCUUCCCUGCACGUUUGGAAGAUUGUGGUCUCCAACACCCCUCGCACGCUCCGUGAGAUUUUGCCAACGCUCUUUAGCCACCUGCUGGGGUUCCUGGCCAGCACCUGUGCUGACAAGAGAACAAUUGCAGCGCGGACUUUGGGCGACCUUGUGCGAAAGCUGGGGGAGAAGAUUCUUCCAGAAAUUAUCCCCAUUUUGGAAGAAGGUCUGAGGUCCGAAAUGAGCGACAAGAGACAAGGCGUCUGUAUCGGCCUGAGCGAGAUCAUGAAGUCCACCAGCCGGGAUGCCGUGUUGUGCUUCUCCGAGUCUCUGGUCCCAACGGUGAGGAAAGCGCUGUGUGACCCUCUGGAAGAAGUCCGGGAAGCGGCGGCGAAAACUUUUGAGCAGCUCCACUCCACCAUCGGGUUCCAGGCCCUGGAAGACAUCCUGCCCUUUUUGCUGAAGCAGCUGGAAUGUGAAGAGACCUCAGAGUUUGCUUUGGACGGCCUUAAGCAAGUGAUGGCUGUCAAGAGCCGGGUGGUGUUGCCUUACUUGGUGCCAAAGCUUAUUUCCCCUCCCGUGAACACCCGCGUCCUGGCCUUUCUCUCAUCGGUUGCCGGAGAUGCCCUCACCCGCCACCUUGGUGUCAUCUUGCCGGCCAUGAUGUUGGCACUGAAGGAGAAGCUCGGAUCGGCUGAUGAGCUGCAGGAGAUCGCGAACUGCCAGGCCGUCAUCCUGUCCGUGGAGGACGAGGCCGGGCAGAGGAUCAUCAUCGAAGACCUGCUGGACGCGACCCGGAGCCCGGAGGUGGGGAUGCGGCAGGCGGCGGCCGUCAUCCUCCACCUCUACUGCGCCAAGACGAAGGCGGACUACACGGCCCACUUGAGCAGCCUGGUGUCGGGCCUGAUCCGCCUCUUCAACGACACCAGCCCGGUGGUGCUCAACGAGAGCUGGGAUGCCCUUAAUGCCAUCACCAAGAAAUUAGAUGCUUGCAACCAGCUGGCUCUCAUUGAGGAUCUUCACAGGGAUAUCCGAAUGGUCGGGAACGAUGCCGGUGGGGAACACGUCCCUGGAUUCUGCAUUCCCAAGAAGGGAGUGACCUCCAUCCUUCCUGUCCUGCGAGAGGGUGUCCUGAUGGGCAAUUCGGAUCAGAAAGAAGAAGCGGCCAAGGCCUUAGGGCUCGUGAUCAAGCUGACGUCGGCAGAAGCCCUGAAGCCUUCGGUCGUGAGCAUCACCGGGCCCCUGAUCCGCAUCUUGGGAGACCGGUUCAGCUGGAACGUCAAGGUCGCUUUGCUCGAAACUUUAAGCCUCCUGCUGGCCAAGGUGGGCCUUGCCUUGAAGCCGUUCCUGCCUCAGCUGCAAACCACUUUCACAAAAGCACUACAGGAUCCUAACCGCGUGGUCCGCCUCAAGGCGGCUGAUGCUCUUGGGAAGCUGAUUGCCAUCCACGCCAAGGUGGACCCUCUCUUCACUGAGUUGCUGAACGGGGUCCGCACCAGUGAAGAUUCUGGCGUCAGAGACACAAUGCUGCAAGCCCUAAGAUUUAUAACGCAAGGUGCCGGAGCCAAAGUAGAUGCUGCUAUUAGGAAGAAUCUCACCACGGUGCUCCUAGGCAUGUUGGGGCACGACGAGGAUGCCACCCGUAUGGCCUCUGCUGGCUGCCUGGCCGAGCUGUGUGCAUUUCUCAGCGAGGAAGAGCUCUGCAGUGUUCUCCAGAACCACCUGCUGGCCGACGUCUCCGGCAUCGACUGGAUGGUGCGACACGGGCGCAGCCUGGCGCUCUCUGUGGCCGUCAGCGUGGCGCCCAACAGAGUCUGCGUCCCCAAGUACUCCAACAGUGUCCAUGAGAUGAUUUUCAGCAAUACCCUGGCUGACCGAAUCCCAAUCGCGCUCAGUGGCAUCAGAGGAAUGGGCUUCCUGAUGAAGUACCACAUAGAGGCCAGUGGGGGGAACUUGCCCCCCAAACUCUCCAACCUCUUCAUUAAGUGUCUUCAGAAUCCAUCCAGCGACAUUAAGCUUGUUGCAGAGAAGAUGAUCUGGUGGGCCAACAAGAACCCUCUCCCUCCUCUGGAUCCCCAGACGGCCAAGCCUAUUCUCAAAGCCCUUCUAGACAAUACGAAAGACAAGAACACCAGCGUGAGGGCCUACAGUGACCAAGCCAUUGUGAACCUCCUGAAGAUGAGAGAUGGCGAGGACAUGCUCCAGUCCAUCUCCAAGAUUCUAGACAGUGCCAGCUUGGAACUGCUGAAUGAGAGCUGCCGCCGGUCUUUGAAGAAGCUCGCGGCUCAAGCUGACUCUUUCGAACAAAUUGACGACACCAUUCUGACGUGAUUUGGAAGGUGCCGAAAGAAAACCGGGCCCCAGGGCCUUUCGCUGCGUCCGCGUUACAACCCAAAACCAAUGGAAAUGUUUUCAUUUUUGAAAAUGCUAAUUCUGACGGGAGCUUAUAAAAAGGGCUUCCAGAGUAUUUGAAUGAAAAAAAAUGUACCAGAAUAGCCUUAAUUACACUUCUGUUAGUUAAAAGAAAGGAAAAAAAGACCCCCCCAACCCACCUCCUCCACCUUCUUUGGAAGAUCGCGUACACGGCUCAAGAAAGCUCUCGGUGGGUGACAGGUAGUCGGGUCCGUGGUGAUUCUUCCCCUUCGUGCUAAAAGGCACUCUUUCCACUCAGCGUAAGUAAGUGGGAAUUACAGUUCUGUGAAAGUCAAGCAGUUUGUUUUAAUGUUCUGCUGAUUCACUCUUUGUUGUUGCUCAGAAGGCUGCAAAUUCUGUAAAUGAAUCUAUUUAAAGAGCCCUCAAAAUUAGAGACAGAAGGGGAAAUUGAAAAGCCGGCUGUUUGAACGGCAGUUUAAUAAAGAGCUUUGAAUUUAA